AUGACAUUCAUAUUAUUCGAGUAAAACAAGGUCUAAUUUGACAUGAAACAAUAUUGAUCAAAUGCAAAAAUGGACAAGACCACAAGACUAUUAUUGAUUAAUUUAUAAGCAAUUUGACACUAGACUAGAAUAUGAUCAACUGGUUUAACUUGAAUCAAUAUGAUCAAAAUAAUUUUGAAUCAAACAUAUAUAUUUUGAUUCCCGUUUGCCAUCUCGAUUUAGUAAAAUGCAAGUUCAGGCUAAGAUAGAUUAUCAAAAAAAGAAAAAAAAAAAACAAUUAUCUAAACUUACUAAUCAUGGAAAGAGGCAAAAGAUAAAUAUCUUUAACACUCUUCAAAUCUUGCAACAAAGCUAACUCGUGCCCUUAUUAACAUUGGAUCCUUAAUUCCUUAUGAAAUAUCUUUUGAUUACAACAAAAUUAUUCCAAAAUUGCUACUAUCAGCAAAAUAACACUUUUUUCAUUUGUAUACAAACACUAGACAUACACCACUAUUCAUGCUUAUAUAAGCACUUUUAGGUGAAUCUGUUGAAUCAUAGCAUUGGUUACAUUUAUGGUAGAUAGGUCAUCCAAUCCUAACACACCAUUAUACUAAUUAACCAAAUGUAAAUAACAUUUAAACAUUCAAUUAAAUUUUUCCACCUAAAUAAUAAUACUUGCACGUUCAAGGAAAAGUCCCCUUCAUCAAGCAAAUAAAUUUUGGACCCACCAACUUCAUUAAAUAAAGCCUGAAAUUUCUAAUUUAAUGAAGUCCUUCUAUAAAUAGGGUUCAUAUUUUCUCAAUUACUGCAUCCAAUCACCAAAACAUUGUCUUUUUUUACUUAAAAGAAAAAAUCAUCAAAUGAGUUCAAUCCAAUAUCCUGAAAUUUUUCUUGCAAUUGUAUGUUUUUUUGUCACUUGUUUUUUGACAAGACAUGGUAUUCCAUGGAAUUGGCCAAUUGUUGGAAUGUUACCAAGUCUUUUAAUUCACCUUAAUAGGGUUCACCACCGUUGUGUUGAUCUUUUGCAACAAACAAAUUGCAACUUUCUACUCAUAGGUCCAUGGUUUACCAACAUGGAUGCCUUGAUCACCGCCGAUCCCGCCAAUAUACAAUAUAUUAUGAGCACCAACUUUACGAAUUAUCCGAAAGGAGAAGAAUUCCUAAAGAUAUUCGAUAUCCUAGGGGAUGGUAUCUUUAAUUCCGAUGGGGAAUUGUGGAAGUUUCAAAGGAAGAUUACGCGGUCUUUAAUUAAUCAUCGGAGGUUUAUUCGAUUUUUAGUUAAGGUUACUUAUGAUAAGGUACAAAAUGGAUUGGUUCCUAUACUUCAACAUGCAUAUAAAGAUGGUCAUGUUGUAGACUUGCAAGAUGUGUUUCAAAGGCUUACCUUUGAUUCUACAUGCUUGCUAGUCACGGGCCAUGACCCGGGUUGUUUAUCACUCGAAUUCCCGGAUGUUCCCUUCUCGAAAGCCCUAGAUGAUGCGGAGGAAGCAAUAGUCCAUCGACAUGUCCUCCCCGAAAACUUUUGGAAGUUACAAAAGUGGCUUGGAUUAGGGCAAGCGGAGAAACUAAGCCGAGCUUGGAAAGUCCUUGAUCACUUCAUUGAUUACAUUAUAUCAAUGAAGCGCGAAGGACAAAAGAGUGGGAAAAUAUCAACCUUCAAGGGAGGAAACGAAGAAGAAGGCGUCGAUCUCUUAACAUCAUUCCUAAGAGAAGAAGUCGAAACAAGUGCAAUCGAUAUAACCAACGACAAGUUCCUAAGAGAUACAAUCCUAAACCUUAUGCUAGCCGGACGUGACACAACUGGUUCCGCUCUUACAUGGUUCUUUUGGCUAAUAACACAAAACCCUAAAGUCGAAAAAAAAGUAAGAGACGAACUAAAAAGCAUGAUUAUACCAAAAGAUCAAGCAAAUCAAUGGCAUGUUUUCCAAAUAGAAGAAACCAACAAGCUAACCUAUCUUCAUGCAGCAAUAUGCGAGUCAUUACGAUUAUACCCUCCUGUACCAUUCCAACACAAAUCUCCAAUCCAACCCGAUACCCUACCAAGCGGCCACCACGUAACCCCAAAGACGAAAAUAUUGUUUUCUUUAUACGCCAUGGCGCGUAUGAAGGGCAUAUGGGGCGAAGAUUGUUUCGAGUUUAAGCCCGAGAGAUGGAUCACUAAGGAAGGCAAGAUUAAGUACGAGCCACCUUAUAAGUUCUUAUCGUUCAAUGCUGGUCCACGGACUUGUCUAGGGAAAGAAGUGGCUCUUACUCAAAUGAAGAUGGUUGGUGCAACUUUGAUACAUAACUAUAAGUUUCAUGUUGUUGAUGGACACAAUGCAGAACCAGAUUUAUCAGUUAUUCUUCAUAUGAAGCAUGGAUUAAAGGUUAAUGUUAGUAACAGAUGGAGUAUUGCUUGUAAUUAGUCUUAGAAUUUGGAUGUUUUUUAUAUUAUUUUAUUUUUAUAAUUAUAUAUUAUAAUUUUUUGUGAGUUGAAAAUUAUAUGGGAAGCAAUGUUAUAAAGUUCAGUAAACAAUUAAUGCAAAAGAUGUUAAAAUUAUGUAAUAUCAAGAUUUUUUGUAAUAUAGCAUGUACUAUUGUACUAAAUGUGCUGCCAAAAAAAAAAAAUGUACUAUAUGUAUGAAAUGUAGUAUCAGAAAUUAAGUUGCAACUAUAUAUAAACCGUCGGACAAAAAAUUAUGUUUGUUUACUACAGUAUGAUGAAUCUUCCACUUCUUUUCUCAACUACUAACUGUCUAGAUUUAUACGGAGGAAGGAAUUUU